GAGCGUAUUUUCCUUCAUUAAUUUCUUUUCAAAUUGGUUUCGAUGGCGAAGAAAUUCAAGCUGUCAAAUGACCGUGAGCUCUUUGAUUCGUUUUUUCCUGGACUGGUCGAUGAUAUUGUGAAGGAGAGCGAGAAUGAUCCGGAAACCGGAGAAGCAGCUCGACAUAUGCGUGAGGUAUUGGAAUAUAAUGUUCCUGGAGGAAAAAAGAAUCGUGGCCUUUCUGUGAUUGGAUCAUUACGGCACCUUAUUAGUCCUGAUAAGCUAACAGAGACAGAUGAAAAGAAUGCAAUUAUACUUGGUUGGUGUGUAGAGUGGUUACAAGCCUUCUUCCUGGUUGCCGAUGAUAUCAUGGAUGAAUCAUUGACAAGACGAGGCAAGCUUUGCUGGUAUAGAAAGACUGGAAUUGGGAAUAUUGCUAUCAAUGACUUUCUCCUCAUAGAAGCCACAAUAUACAAACUGCUAAAGAAACAUGUAUUCCAAGAGCCAUAUUAUGUUGAUGUUUUAAAUUUAUUUCAUGAGGUUACUUAUCAAACUGCAACUGGACAAACAUUAGACCUUAUCACCAAGCCUGGCACAAAUUUUGAGAAUUUUACCAUGGAAAGAUACAAAGCUAUUGUGAAAUACAAGACAGCAUACUAUUCAUUUUAUUUGCCAGUUGCACUGGCAAUGUAUAUGGCAGGUAUAAAGGACAUAACAUCACAUGAAAAUGCCAAAGAAAUUUUACUAGUGAUGGGGGAAUUUUUUCAAAUUCAGGAUGACUACUUGGACUGCUAUGGGGACCCAGCGGUUACAGGAAAAGUAGGCACAGAUAUUGAAGAAGAAAAGUGCUCUUGGCUGAUUAUUCAAGCUCUUCAAAGGAUAUCUACAGACCAGAUGCAAAUUUUAAAGGAUAAUUACGGUAAAAAAGAUUCUGCGUCCUCCGAGAAGGUGUGCAGCUCGCCUUCUAAUUUUAUUAAUCUUCAUAUUAUGUAAUGACUUGCAGGAUGAGCUUAAAUUUAUUAAAACCCCACCCCUAUUCCCUGCUUUCCCUCCAAGAGAUUUUUAUUCCACAAGUUUGACACUCGAAAUAAGAAACAGGAAUUUACCGGUAAACCUGUUCUAUUUCGGUCACUUUUUUUUUGAGGAGAAUUACAGUGGAACAAAUUCUGCGUCAUCCGAGAAGGUUGAGAUUUAAUUAAUUUUCAGCUCAUGUAAUGACUUGCAGGAUAAGCUAAGAUGUAUUAGUAUCAAUAAUAACACGAUUUCGAGUGUAAUUUCAAUUGUUGUUGAUUAGUACGAUUAAAUUUUUUAUAGACAACACAAUUGUGCCUAUUUACAUCAAAUUGCACGCGAAAUGAUUCUAUUUCUUAUUAAUAAAUUACUUGAAAAAAAGUAUCACGGAAAGUCAAAACAGACGAAAUUUUGACAGU